AGAGCAGGACACUUCCCCCCACUGUCACCAUCAUCCUCUGGACUGGAACAGAGAGACACACUGGGAUCAUCUUGUGAAAUCUAACAAUUGAAUCUUCACUUUCCAUCAUAAUAUUCGCAAUGAAGACAUCAGUUGUGGAAAUGUCCUGUGAUUCUCUUGCCGCAGUUUGUUCAGGUGCAAACUGCCUCAUUCCUCCCAGUAACUUUAAUGCAGUCUUGAGCCUUGUGUUGAGCACGGUGCUCACAGUGAUGCUGGCCUUGGUCAUGUUCGCCAUGGGCUGCACCGUGGAGGCCUCAAAGCUAUGGAGCCACGUCAAGAAACCCUGGGGCAUUGUCAUCGGCUUCCUCUGCCAGUUCGGCAUCAUGCCCUUCACGGCCUUUGCGCUGUCUUUAGCUUUUGGGGUGCUUCCUGUGCAGGCCAUUGUCAUCAUCGUUAUGGGCUGCUGUCCUGGAGGAUCCAGCUCAAACAUCAUCUGCUACUGGCUGGAUGGAGACAUGGAUCUGAGUAUCAGCAUGACGGCCUGUUCCUCCAUCUUGGCCUUGGGCAUGAUGCCGCUCUGUCUGUUCAUUUACACCAGUGUCUGGACCUCCAGCGACAGCAUCAAGAUCCCUUUUGACAGCAUUGGAAUCACACUUGCAGGCCUUCUUAUACCCAUUGCUGUGGGGAUUUUUGUAAAAAGCAAGUGGCCUCAUAUAGCAAAAAAGAUCCUCAAGGUGGGUUCUAUCGGUGGCUUUGCUCUCAUUAUCAUCAUAGCUGUGGUUGGAGGGGUCCUCUACCAAUCGUCUUGGGUCAUUUCUCCCUCCUUGUGGAUAAUUGGAACUGUCUAUCCCUUUAUUGGGUUUAGCCUGGGUUUCCUUUUGGCUUGGUUUGUGGGUCAGCCCUGGAACAAAUGUCGAACAAUCGCACUAGAAACAGGUUUCCAGAACGCCCAGCUGUGCAGCACCAUUGUCCAGCUGUCCUUCAGCCCUGCAGAGCUGGAGGUCAUGUUUGCUUUCCCCCUCAUCUACAGCAUCUUCCAGCUCGUAGCAGCAGUCUGUGCCGUGGGAGCCUUCCAAGCAUAUAAAAGGAUUUGUGUAAAAAAUUCAGAUGACCUAGACAAUGAGGUCAGAACGGAAAAUGAUGACAGUGCAACUAAACAGACGGGCUACACUCUGGACAACAAAGCUUUUGAGUCUGACGAACUGAAAGGCACCUACGCAAACAUAAAGCUGUGAGAUAUAAAAAUCCUGCAAAUGACUGACUUGAGAUCUCUUGGAGACAGUAGAAUUAUUGAACUGUGAACACACAAUACUCACUACUGGCCGAAAUGUGUAAUGCAAAACAUGCAACAUUCUCUAUUUUAUUCAUGUAGAUAUUUAAAAACAGCAAUAGGUAACUUUCUAUUUCAUAGUAGUAAAUAAAUGUUUGGAGCUGUUUAAAGAAAAUGUACUCUGGUAUAUUGUAACUUAGUAUAAGAAAAACAUAGGGUCAGGAAAAAAAUUAAAGUUCAUGAGGGGCAUGAUUUCAUGUUCUUUAUUAUGUCAGAAUGAAUACAUUUGAACUUCGGUCACUGCUUAUCGAAAACCUCAUGGAAGUUGCUGCGAAACAUUUAAUCCUGCAAGUAGACAAACAAAAUAAGGGUUGACAUCUGAAAAUCACCCAAACAUCUGGUAUUGUUUUUUUGAUAUCUGUUCUGAUGCUGACACUGAUCCAACCUUCUGUUGUGUUUGUUUCUGUUUAGAUUUUCUCAUAUUCGACUUUGUUUUUAACAAAUUAAGUUGAGCCUCUCUUUUAUAAUAAAACAAUGUUUGUCCAAUAUUAAUUAUUUUUCAAGCUACAGAGCACAUACACUUUAUUCCAACAAGUAUGUAUUUUUAAACAUAUACUUUGUAUUUUUAUUAUUUUUCUGAGCCUAUAAAAAUAAAAUGCUUAUAUAUGAUGUAAGUUAUCAGCUGUUAUAAAAAUGCAUUUAGAAGAAUCAUGUAUUUGUUGUAAUAUAAUCUUAUUUUUGUUGUGAUGGUUCUUGUUUGGAUAUGAAUUUAAGUAAUUUUGACAUCUCAAUAAACUCUUGUGAUAAGGCA